AUGAGAGAAGAUGCAGCAAGAAGUCUUGAGGCAGCAGUUAAGAAGCUAACGGACCAGAUUGCUGCACUGCAGCAGCAGCAGCAGCAGCAGCAGAAGCAGCAGCAACAGCAGCAGACCCUGCAUCAAGAACUUGACAAACGUACGUCUAAAACUGCCGAGGAGUUACGCUCGCAGCAGCAGCAGCAGCAGCAGCAGCAUGCGCAGCUAAAGAGUGAGCAGCAGAAGCAGAAGGAGCAGCAGCAGCAGCAGCAGAAGCAGCUAGAUGCGGUGUCUCUGCAAUAUAAGCAGCUAGCUGAGCAGCAGCAGCAGCUAGCCAAGACAACAGAGAAGCAAACAGCAACACUGCAGCAACUGCAGCAGGAGCUGCUGGAUGUAUUAGAGUUAGGGAGACAGCAGCAGCUGCUGCUGCAGAAGGAGAAGCAGCUAGCUGAGGAGACAGCAGCACUGCAGCAGCAGCAAGCUGCUGAUGUCUCUGCUCUCCUAGCACAGCAAGCGCAGCAGCAGCAGCAACAGCAGCAGCAGCAACUGCAGCAGCAGCAACACUGGGACGAGUACAAGCAGCAUGAGAGCCAGCACCAGCUAUGGAGGAAGCAGCUAGAGGAAGUGCAGCAGCAGCGGCUGCAGCAGCUGCAGCAGCUGCAGCAGCAGCUAGCUGAAUGGAAGCAGCAAAGAGACACAGCAGAUAAGAGCAGCAUGGAGUGUAUAGACACCUUAAAGGCGCAGCAACAGCAACAGCAGCAGCAGCAGCAAGAAGUACUUAGGGAUCAACAAUCUUUAUUUGCUCAGCUACAACAAGUGCAGCAGCAGCAGCAGCAACUGCAGCUGCUGCAGCAGCAGCAGCAGCAGCUACAGGAGCAGCGGCAGCAGCACGACGAUAGAGUUAAAUGGAAGUUAGAGGAAGAAUUAGAGCAUCUAAGGCAGAGGCUUCUUGCUGCAGCAGCAGAGCAGCAGCAGCAGCAGCAGCAGCAGCAGCAGCAGCAGCAGCAGCAACUGCAGCAGCAACAGCAACAGCAGCAACAGGAGCAACAGGAGCAGCAGAAGCAGAAGAAGCAGCAGAAAGACACCACAUCCCCUAAGCAGCCUUCUGCUGCUGCUGCUGCUGCUGCUGCUUCUGUGUCUGAUGUAUCCGAAGCAGAAUCUGUACAACGUGCUGCUGCUGCUGCUCCUGCUGCUGCUGCUGCUGAGGGGAAGAAGCAGCAGCGGCAAAUAGGAGCAGCAGCAGAAGCAGCAGCAAACAGAGCAAAGAAAUCUCUCUCUGGAGAUGCUUCUGUUGCUGCUGCUGUUGCUGCUGCUGCUGCUGCUGCAGCUGCUGCUGCUGCUAGAGGCAGAGGAGGCCCCGAGCCACCACAGCCAACCGGCCCAUUACCAUACAGCACAGCAGCACAACUUGGACUGCAGCAGCAGCAGCAGCAGCAGCAGCUGUUGCUGCAGCAGCUGCAGCAACAGCAACAGCAGCAGCAGCUGCAGCGUGUCUUAGACAGUUGCGGCAGAGUGCUGCCGUCUGUAUGGCCAUUAAGGGAUACAUCAGCAGCAACAGCAGCAGCAGCAGCAGUACCCCCAGCAGCAACAGCAACAGCAGCAGCAGCAGCAGCAGCAGCAGGAAGAGGUAAAAUAGGAGGCAGCGAGCUGCUGCAGCUUGCUGCUGUUGAGUCCUGGGUAUUAAAAGCAAAACUAACAAUUGCUGCAGCAGAGCUGCAGCUGCUGCAGCUCAAGGAAAGAAGAGCAGCAAAAAAAAAAGGCAACAAAAAAAAAGAAUAA